UUCCGUGACCAUUCACUCUCUCACUCUUCCGUGCACACUUGUUUCCAGGUUCCGACCUUUUUUUUCUCUUUUCUCGGUUCAAAAUUGGAUGGAACUGCAUUGAACCCUUUUCCAGAUUCUUCGUUUCUCUCUAAAAAAUCUAAUAUUUUGGGUUGUUUUCGUUUGAUCGGCGGUGGGUUCUGGGCAAUCAUCUCUCUUGUUGGCCGCCUCCUCAUAUCUCUUCACAGACUGUUGUUCUUGUCAGUCUGUGUUUGGUGAUGGAUUCAGUUGGUGAUAAGUGGGAUGAUGAAGAACGCUCUGUAAUCGGAGACAAGGGAGAAGUCCGAUACAUAGAUUUCGAUCAUGAUAAAUCGGUGCGUAAUUACAAUCCUAAUGAAGAGGGUCCAAUUAUUGUUUCAGUUCCUUUCCCUUUUGUGGAUGGAAAGCAAGGUGGAAAGCCUCAAUCAGUAGUUGUAGGAGAAACAGCUGUGGAUAAGAUAACUCUUAAGAACACCACCACUGAUCCCAUGCAGUGGGGUGUUACAAUUUAUGCAUCGAAUCCAGAGGACUCAUUCAAGCUUUCUCUGAUGGAACCUCCAACAGACAACUCUGAUUUGGAAACCAUCCAAGCCUUCCUUGAGUGUACUUCCCUGGAGGACAGAGCGCUGCAUCCUGGAGAUACUCUGACUGUAUGGCUAUCAUGCAAACCCAAGGAAAUUGGAGUGCACACCUCAAUUGUGCAUUUUGAUCUUGAGGCGGACGUGAUUGAACGUGUUGUCUUUCUAUUGGCAGAAGAUAAGAUAUCCCAGUCUUUAGCCUCUACAAAGCCAUACACAAGAGGCAUUAAAAAGAAACCUCUUAAUGUGGAAUCUCAUAUUGGGUCUGUACGUCCAAGUAGAAAAACAUAUCGAAUGUACAAAAAUAGGCUUCCUCGAUAUGACAUUCCAAAGGACAUCAGAAGCUUGAUUGAGAGUGGGCAGAUUCCCUCUGUUGUGACUGAAGGUCUUACAAGAGGGAACUAUCAACAUUUCUUCAAAAAUUUACUCAUCAUGGAGGAAAUAGCACUAGAGGACAGCAUGAGAAGUUAUGAUAUGGAAGGCGUUCCUUUGAGGAAGAGGGGACAGCAGUAUUUGUCCCUUGAAGUGCCAGGGCUUGCUGAGAGAAGGCCUUCACUUGUUCAAGGAGAUUAUGUUUUUGCCAAGCUUGAGUAUGAAGAUGAGAGAAGCCUUCCAUAUAAGGGUCAUAUCUACCGUGUCGAGGCCGAUGAUGUUUACUUGAAGUUUGCCCCAGAAUUUCAUUCACAUCAUAGAGACGGUAACCUUUAUAAGGUACAAUUCACAUAUAAUCGAAUCGGCAUGAGAAGGUUAUAUCAAGCUGUUGAUGCUACAGAAGAUUUAGAUGUAGGGUUCCUUUUUCCAUCUGAGUCCACUCAAAGAAGGAUGAUUAGAGCCAUGCGAAUGGUGCCUAUAUCGUGUACCCUUAAUGAGGAGCAGAGGCGCUCGGUUGAGAUGAUCCUUGGCUGCAAAGGAGGGCCACCUUAUGUAAUUUACGGCCCUCCUGGAACAGGUAAGACUAUGACAUUAGUUGAAACAAUCCUGCAACUCUACACAACCCGGAAGAGAGAUCGAAUCCUUGUUUGUGCUCCUUCAAAUAGCGCAGCAGACCACAUUCUGGAGAAACUGCUCAAUGCAAAUGCUGAUGUUGUAGUUCAAGAGUUUGAUAUAUUGAGGCUCAAUGCAUCUACCCGCCCUUAUGAAGAUGUCAAUCCCGACCUUAUUGACUACUGCUUCUAUGAUGAUGAUGCCUUCACCUGUCCUGAACUCCAUGCCCUGUUGAGCUAUCGGAUCAUUAUAUGCACCUAUACGAGUGCCUCCUUGAUUUAUGCAGAAGGUGUCCGUCGAGGCCACUUCUCUCAUAUUAUCUUGGAUGAGGCAGGCCAAGCUUCAGAACCAGAGACCAUGAUCCCGAUAUCGAGUCUCUAUAAACAGAAUACAGUAGUUGUUCUUGCUGGUGACCCGAUGCAAUUAGGUCCAAUCAUAAACUCCAGAGAAGCAGAAACCUUUGGUUUGGGGAAAUCAUACUUAGAGAGGAUUUACGAAUGUGAUUUUUAUAGAAAUGGGGACAGAAAUUAUGUUACAAAGUUGAUUAAAAACUAUCGAUCUCACCCGGAAAUUUUGCAUCUCCCUAAUGAGCUGUUCUAUGGACGAGAGUUGAUUGCUUGCAAGGAUGACCCAGUUUCCUUCAUGGCAAGGGUGGACCUUCUUCCUAACAAGGAUUUCCCUGUUCUUUUCUUUGGCAUCCAAGGCUGUGAUGAGAGGGAAGGGUGUAAUCCAUCAUGGUUUAAUCGGACUGAGGCAAGUAAGGUAGUAGAGAUCACUAAACGGUUGACUGCACGAAAGAAUUUGAGCGAGGAAGAUAUUGGGAUCAUAACACCUUAUCGGCAGCAAGUGCUAAAACUGAAGAAAGCUUUCGAGAAUGAGAACAUGCCUAAUAUCAAGAUUGGAAGUGUUGAGCAAUUCCAGGGACAAGAGAGGCAAGUUAUCAUAAUAUCAACUGUCCGAUCAACAAUCAAACACAAUGAGUUUGACAAAACGUACUGCUUGGGAUUUUUGAGCAACCCAAAAAGGUUUAAUGUGGCUAUUACUCGUGCUAAAGCUUUGCUAAUUGUAAUUGGUAACCCGCACAUCAUCACCAAGGACCGGAACUGGAACAAGCUGCUUUGGCGUUGUGCUGACAACUCAUCCUAUCAGGGUUGUAGUCCCCCUGAGAGACAGGAAGAUGAUGAAGACACAUCUUUCUCUAUAGAUGAUGGGCAGCCGGAAGAAUUCUUGCAAACAGAAGUCCCCCAGCCUGCUGGGGUUGGUGAAGCUGAAUGGUCUGAUUGGAACAUAUAAAUUGGAACAGAAGUUUAUUUUCUUCAUAUACUAUGAAUCCAUGGAUGCUAGCCAGAACUAUAAUUUACUUUACUUUUUAUUUUAUUUUACGUGCCAUGAAUCUACGGCACUAUUCCAGCAUGAUUUGACAUGCCAAUUUCAUGUAGGACUACAUUCAGCUCGUUGUGUUUGUGUGAAAGACGAAAGUUGAUUUUAUAAGUUAUGCAGAUGAAACAUAUUUGUGGGUGAA